AUGUCCCAGCGCCCCCCCCCGGGGCUGGUCCCGGGCGAAGCCUCCGAGAGCGACUCCGAGGCGGAGCCUGCGGUGGGGGGCGGGGCCGGCUCCAAGCUCCCGGGCGAGGCCUCGGAGUCCGACGAGGAGGAGACGGCGGGAACGACGACUGCGCCCCCUGGCGGCGGGGCGGACCCUUCGCUGCUUCAACUGCGCCUGCGCGCUGGGGCUCGGCGCCUCGGGGGGGCGGUGGCGCGGGCGGCGCGGGGCGGGUUCGCGCGCGCGGGGCGUGGCGCGGGAGCGCUGGGGGCGGGGCUGGCGCAGGCGCAGUUGCGCGCGGCCGCCGCCGCCCACUCCCUGCGCGCCGCCCGCGGGGACCUGCGCGCCCUGGCGGCCGCUCUGGGCAUCGUGAGCGCGUGCACGCUGCUGCCCGACCUGCGAUACCUGGGGCUGCCGGCGGGGGGUGCUGCGGGGGAGCUGCGGUUAACGGAGGUGGCCGCUGGGGAGCUGCAGUACCCCGUGCUGCCGGCAGGGGGAGCUGCAGUGAGCGGGGCUGCAGUGCCCAUCGCUGCCGGCAGGGGGAGCUGUGGUUAA